AUGGUGCAGCGUCGCUCGGGCUCCUCACAGCCUGUCGACCCUGCCUCUUCUCAGCAGCAUAGCGCGGAUGCCAAGAAUGACUCGCUAUCAUCGCGGAAGGUGAUGGCAGCGCAAGCGCGCUUGCUCCGCCUCUCCUUCUUGGUCCGCAUCGCGCUCGCCAGCCUCCUCAUCCUCACCGCCCACCUUCAGCAGGCAUUUGACACGUCGCACGAGCUGCUCUCCUACUCGCUCGAUCCAGCAACCACCCACAGCUUAUCGGCAGGCCCAUUCAAGUGGGCACUCGCAUUCGUUCGAUGGGACACGAUCUACUUUCUAGCCGCCGCUUCACCUUCUACCCCUGUCCACCGGGGCGGCUACGCGUGGGAGCAGACGCUCGCCUUUCAGCCCGGCAUCAUCGGCCUGCUUCGCGUCUGCGGCUAUGCAACACCCCAGCUGGACGGCGCCUGGAGCCCGACCGCGGCGAUCCUGGUGACGGCGCUCCUGGCGAACCUCGCAGCGGCGAUCAGCCCCGUGCUGCUCUACCGUCUUUCGCUCAAAGUGACACGCAACGCGGAGAUGGCAUACACAGCCGCGGCGCUGAGCAUCUUCGCCCCCUCUGCUGGGACGACGCUCGCCGCGCCUACACCAGAGAGCUUCUUCAGCCUGACCAGCCUGCUCGGUCUGCUCGCGCUCGAAAGCGGCUCCCUCUCCUGGGUCGUGGUUCUGGGAGCUUCAUUCUGGUUCGCCCUCGCAACGACCUUCCGCGCGAACGGCACGCUUCUUCUUGGCUAUAUCGCGUUCAAGCUCAUCCCCGAGCUGCGGGCAGGCAGACCUUCAUCCAUACCAAAACUCAUCGUGGCUGGGCUGAUAUGCCUGUCGCCCAGUGUGCUAUUUCAAAUCUGGGCGUACUCUCGCUUCUGCCCGUCCCCUGGUCGACCUUGGUGUGACAGGCUGGUUCCGAGCGUAUACACCUUUGUCCAGUCGCAUUACUGGCACGUUGGCCCAUUCCGGUACUGGCAGUUGGCGCAGACGCCCAACUUUGCGCUCGCUGCACCGGUGCUCCUGCUCAUCCUAUACACCGUUCGGAUCUUCUACCAACAAGCAACUUGGCGCGAGGUGGUCGCAUCACUCGUCCCAACCACCACUCAGGUUGGAACUGGUAGGGGUUUGAUGUGGAGCAGCGCCCCACGAGCGACGCCGUACAUCCUCCAUGCUCUGGCACUGGGAGUGAUGCUGCUAAUAGCAUCGCAUGUGCAGAUCGCACUUCGACUCGCGACGCCAGGUGGGAUGCCAGCAGUGUGGUGGGGUGCAGCACACGCGGUGCUCUCAUGUCCACGCUGGGUCAGACGGCUUAUAGUGGGAUACUUGGCAAUGCAGAUGUGCGUUGGAGUGGUGUUGUAUGCUGGUUUCUAUCCACCAGCGUAG